ACAUGACCCGCGCGGAGCCAGGCUGACCAAAUCCAAUAUGGUGGCCAGCUUGGCAGGUCUCCGGGUCCUGUUGAUGUUAUUGUUGUUCUGCGGGAUCAGGGACGGCUCUUGCAGCCUGGAGGCCCCGCUGGUUCUGGGGCUCAGACUGGAAGACCCGGCGGGUCUGGUGUGCAUGAAGGACCGGAUCAUCUCUGCGCCAACAGGAUCCAGGUUCAGGAUCCGUCUGUUCGGGACUGACCUGAAUGCGAGCUGGCCGUGGGUGGCGUUCGCAGGGGGGGCUGGUGGAGCAGCAGGGGGGGUCGGGGAUGCUCCAGACCCCUGCACGAAGGAGACCAACAGAAAGGAGUCCUCUUUCCAGGUGACGGGGGACUUCAAACCGGAUGAAGCCUACAGUGGACUCAUAACGGUCCAGGUCCAGAAGAAGAGCCUCCCUGCGGGGGCAGCUGGAGGCGAGCAGACCUUCCACCACCUGUGCGUCCGGAACGGGGAGGGAUGGGUCUCUGUGGGCCCGGACAGGCUGCGGGUGAACACGGACAGGGGUCUCCCCGUAGACCACAUCCCGCCGUGGGGUCUGGCUGUGCUCGUAGUGCUGCUGCUGGUGGUGUGCGGGGUCCUGAGGACUGUGAACCUGAGCCUGCUGUGGCUGGACCCCGUGGAGCUCUACGUCCUGCACAGCUGCGGGUCCGAGGAGGAGAAGAGGGCCGCCAAGCGCCUGGAGCCCAUCAGGAGGAGGGGGAACUUCAUGGCCUGCUCCCUGCUGUUCCUCUGUGUUCUGGGACACUCGGUCCUGGGGGUCCUCUUGUACCGGGCUCUGGGUUCCAUCCUCUCCGCCGUGUUCACCAGCGGCUUCCUUAUCUUCUUCCUGGCUGAGCUGGCCCCCCACAUCCUGUGCUCGGGGUACGGGUUCCAGCUGGCCCCGGGUCUGACCUGGCUGGCCCAGGUUUGCAUGGUGCUCACCUGUCCCCUGUCCUGCCCUCUGGGGCUAAUCCUGGACCUGGGGCUCAGGAGGGACAUCAGCACCUGUGGGAUCAGGGAGAGGGCGAUGGAGAUGAUCCGGACUAGUGUGAACGACCCGUACAGUGAGUUCGUGAAGGAGGAGUUCAGCAGAGGGAUGCUGCGCAGUAAGACGGUGGAGGACAUCCUGACCCCCCUGAAGGACUGCUUCAUGCUGCCCAGCUCGGCGGUCCUGGACUUCUCCACCAUGUCUGAGAUCAUGCAGAGCGGAUACACCAGGGUGCCGAUCUACGAGGAGGAGAAGUCAAACAUCGUGGAGAUCCUCUACGUAAAGGACUUGGCUCUGGUGGAUCCAGAAGACUGCACCCCCAUGACGACCAUCACCAAGUUCUACAACCACCCGCUGCACUUCGUCUUCAACGACACCAAACUGGACGCCAUGCUGGAGGAGUUCAAGAAAGGGAACUCUCACAUGGCGAUCGUUCAGAAGGUGAACAACGAGGGAGAGGGGGAUCCGUUCUACGAGGUGCUGGGAUUGGUCACCUUAGAGGACGUCAUCGAGGAGAUCAUCAAAUCAGAGAUCCUGGAUGAAUCUGACGGCUACUUGGACAGGAAAGUGAAGCGUCCCCUCGCCCCGCUGGAGAUCCCUCUGGAGCCUCGCAGCGUGCACGAGGAGUUCUCUCUCUUCAAGCCUCCCGAGGGGGAACCCAAGAUCCAGACGUCACCGCAACUCCUGCUGGCUACUCACCGCUUCCUCUCCAGAGAGGUGGAGCACUUCAGCCCGGCUCGAGUCUCCGAGAAGGUCCUGUUCCACCUGCUGCGUCACCCCAGUGUCAACCAGGAGGUUCACUUUGACCCCAACAACCGUCUGAGCGCGGGUCACUACCUGUACACCAGAAACCACCCGGUGGAUUACUUCAUCCUGCUGCUGCAGGGCCGUGUUGAGGUGGAGAUCGGGAAAGAGGGGCUGAAGUUUGAGAACGGGGCGUUCACGUACUACGGCGUGUCUGCGCUGACGCUGCCAUCUUCAGUGCACCAGUCUCCAGUGUCGACCCAGCGUCACUCUCCCAGGGAUCCCUUUGAGUCGGCAGAAGCUACGAGCCCGUCCAGCUACUGUCCUGACUACACCGUCCGAGCGCUCACCGACCUGCAGCUCAUACGGGUGACACGUCUCCAGUAUUUGAACGCUCUGAUGGCGUCCCGGGUCGGUCAGAGUCCAGAUCCACCUGAGAUUAAGAUCCUGCCCAACAGUCAGACCAAGCUGCUCAACGACAGAAACACCACACAAGGUGGCAGUAAAGCUGCGGAGAGCUCCACAGAAGAAGAGGCUCAUGGGUAGUAGCGUGGCGCUGCCGUCUGCCCGCCUCGCUCCUUUUUAAGCAGAGAUUUAAAGUGUUCUUGUUUUUCUUGUUGAAUCAUCUAUGGCUGGAUCGUAGUUAUUGGACAAAACUGGAGUGAGAGUGAUUUUAUGUGUCUGUUCUUUAGAUCCCCCCCGCUCACACUUCAUCUCCAUCCUCAUUCCUGUUCGUGCUUUUCAUUCAAAUUAUUAUUUCAUGUUGUUUUAUACACUUUGGACUCUCGUGUAUAUAUAUAUUAUAUAUAUAUAUGUAUGUUAACAUGGCGAUGCCUUUCUUCCAGGUGUCACCUCUUGUAUUAAACUCUGCAUCGCCAUUCCUCAUUUUUGCGUCUCUGGGUGCCAAAGCUUCACGUGUGUGUGAGUGUGUGUGAGUGUGUGUGUUGUCCAUGUUCACGAAGUAUCCGUCCGUUUGAGACACUAAAAACACACAAGCUGGCCAAAAGCUGGUUUGCACAUGAAGCGUGAGCUCUCUCAGUCGUAUUAAGCUAACGUAGAAGCCGCGUCUUUACGCCCUCGAAGGUGCUUCCUGUCAGACGUGCAGAACGCGUGUGAAAUGCCAAAAACUAUAAUUACAAACCCACCUUGCAUGGCGAAGGCGUAACGUAUUUCCAAAGUGUCCCUGAAUGUUAUUAGAUUAACAAAAAGCAAUGCAGAGGUCAGCAAAGUUCAUACCGAUAUUAGGGCUGCCACAAACGAUUUUUUUUUAUUUUUUAUUUCAAAUAUUUUUAUUGAGUUUUCAACACAUAUGACAAUACAAAACACAGCACACACAAAUACAAAAAAAAAAAUAAGACAGAAAACACCGGGGUUGGGCGGUAAUGUUCUACAUUGCCACAGAUGGUACUGUAUUGUGCAAAACAAGGAAGACGAACAGGUCUCUGCGGCAGUGAUAGUAAUACCUGACAUAGUGCAAUAGCCCUUCCCACCCUCCCAUCCCCUCCCUCCAUCCCCAGCUGUCCUGAAAAAUUGAGGCGUAAUAUGUAAGAGUCAGUUUGCAGCGCACCACACAGAGUCAGAUCUUACUUCUUAUGCCAAGGGCCGUAUAAAAGCUCAUCUUAUGAUGGUUUAGUUUGGGUGUCAUGAAAGUAGACUAAGAAAGGGUCCCAUGUCUCAUAAAAUUUCCUCUUCGAGCUACUGAUAGAAAAACGUAGCAUCUCGAGUUUAAGACAGGACAUUACAUCCUGACGCCACUGGUCAAGCGUGGGCAGGGCAGCACCCUUCCAUUUUAGCAGGAUUGCACGUCUGGCCAAGAGCAAGGCAAAGGCAACCAUGCGGUGUUCUGUAGGAGUGAGGUGGGGGUUAUCUCCACCAGCAAUACCAAACAGGGCAAGAGUAGGGCUAAGAUUAACAUUUUUCUGUAAUACUUUAGACAAGGUGUGGAAUAUAUCAUGCCAGAAUUUCUGCAACUUAGGACACAGCCAGUACAUGUGUAUCAGGGAAGCAUCAUUACAAUUGCACUUGUCACAGGUGGGAGUUAUAUCGGGGUAGAUACUGGACAGCUUGACCUUGGACAUGUGAGCCCUGUGGACCACCUUAAAUUGAAGCAGACAGUGUCUAGCGCAGAUGGAGGAUUUAUGUAUUGAUGAUAGAAUGGAGUCCCAUUGGUCAUCAGAUAUGUGUCCCAAGUCCUGUUCCCAAGCCGCCUUAAUCUUGUCCAGUGGUGAACUUAUCAGCUUCGAAAUGGUAUUGUGUAAUUUGGACAGUGCACCUCUGGACAGUGGAUCGAAGGAGAGAAAGGUGUCAAUUGGGUUAGCUAUGGGUACUGAGGGGAAACAAGGCACAACCGAGCGGACAUACUGUCUGACCUGUAAAUACCGAAAGAAAUGUGUUUUGGGUAGGUUGUAUUUCUCAGUCAGUUGAUUAAAGGAAACAAAACAGCCGUCUUCAAACAUGCACGCAAAUGACCUGAUGCCCCUUUCAUGCCAGGUCCGAAAAGUCGAGUCAGAGCGCGAGGGGGUGAAAAGGUGGUUGGAAGCAAUCGGACUCAGAGGGGAGAAGAGUUUGUAUCCAAAAGAUCUCCUAAAUUGGGUCCAACAAACGAUUAUUUUGAUAAUCGACUAGUCACCGAUUAUUUUUGUGAUUAGUAAUGGGAUCAUAUGUAAAUUGCAGCUUAUCUCCGCAUUAUGCAGCUGCUCUUAUAUAACCAUCAUCGGUUUCCAGCUUGAAGUGUUUAAGGUAUGUGCUAACUAAAAAUAAAGACAAUUACGAUGAUAGUUCAUUCAACUUUUAAUGAACUUUGCAGCUUGCAGCAGCAUUUCUGACAUGUUUUAAUGUGAUAGUGAAAACUAAAAUGAAGGCACAAUGGUAACAAAUUGUCCAAAUUGAAGAGGAACAUUUUUUUUUUUUAGCACUGUAACGUAGCGUUAUAUAAUAUUAGCAUCAUCGCAUUUCCUAUUCAAACAUGACGUCGCUGUUAAGUAACUAGCUCACUGUUGACGUUAAUGUUAGCAGCUAACUAGCCCAUUAGCUUACCGAGACGGCUGUUCCUCUUUGUCAGAAAUGGAAUCAGCCAUGACGUGCUUCCUUUUCAGACGCUUCAGACGUUGAAGUGAAGGAAAGUUCUUUUCACAUUCUUCUCUUUUAUUUUGGAGAAAUGCUCCCGAACUUUCAAGCUCCUUAGCCGGCUAGCCGUGAUACUGUUUGGGCGUAACUUUUCCGGUGACAUCACGGCUGACCCCGAUUACCACUACUGCACAUGUGCAUAAAGGACAGACAGACAGCGGCAGUUUGGAGAGAAAAACAAAGCUUCAAAAAAUAAACGAUGACGUCGAUUAUUAAAUAAGUCGUCAACGAUUUUGAUCGUCGACAACUAGUCGACUAAUCUUGGCAGCCCUAGCCGAUAUACAUGCUAGCAGACGUUAUCUUAAGUUUCUCAAAGCUCAGUAAGCAGAUAUGUAAACUUUCUUACAUGAGAUUUAAUACAAAAAACAAUGCUUGACAUUCUAUAGAAAGUAUAUAAAAUAUCAGAUAUCCCCAACAUGUAGAGUUUUAGUAAUUUAAGCAUAAAAAACAAAUUGAAUGUGAAUGAAAGAGCCAGCCAGUAUCACAUAAUAUUAUAUUUAUUAUUCUGUGUUUUUUUCAGCUAAAAGGCUCAAAAAGUCUUGGUUUAAAGUUUUUCUUCCAGACAUUAAGGAGAAAAGUACUCUCAAAGAAAUGUUGAUAUAUAAUAGAAAGAGUCGUUAGCGGCCGAUUUUGAUUUCUGAAGGUUUUGGUGAUUCCAAAAAUGCAAAUCUGCUUUUGCUUCUCUUCUUCCAGCUCUGUGAAUGUGCACAUUUACAGCUUUAUGUUACUGCAGUUUAAAGUUCUUUGGGUGGAGGACCAUCACGAAAGAUUAAGACUAAAUCUUUGUUUGUAUGAAAUUAUUAUUAUUAUUAUGAAUCCUUCUCUUUAACAGCUUAAAUAAAUCAAAUAAUAUGUCCUUGCAGCUUUAUGCUAUUUUUCGUUGGCCAAGCUUUUGAAGGAUGGAAAUAAAACCUACAAAAACAUAAAGAUGGAAACACUUUUUGGCGAAUCUUGUGAUGUUUUUGGACGUUUGAGAAAAAGUGCCAAGCCAGGAACCUUGACCACCUGCAUGACUGAGUGUGUUGUCCAGCAGAGGGUGCUGUGAGUCUGACGACUGCACUGAUCUCAUUGUGUGUGUGUGUGUGUGUGUGUGUGUGUGUGUGUGUGUGUGUGUGUGUGUGUGUGAUUUCAGACAGUGUGACUGACAGAUCAUAAAAAACCAUGCAUGUGGUCGGAUUCAGCUGUGCUCAUUCUGCUGCUAAUGUUUUAUCAAAGCACCUUGUUAGCCGCCAUCUUUGUUUCCCCACAUACAAACAUUCCUUUGUCACAUUCGUGUGUUUCGUCUUUGAGUGUGUGUGUGUGUGUGUGUGUGUGUAGUAUUUGUCUUACAUGUCAGCGAUCAAGCAUCCAGCUUCCACCUGAACUCCAUUUCCAAGUUGUAUGUUGUGAUCUUAACAUGCGUUUGAAGAAACCAUGCAUGUGAAGUCAACAUGUGAAUAUGUCACGUAUGGCCUCUGAAUAACCCGAACUGUGUCCCCUGUUUUUAUACGUUAAUAUAUUAAUAAUGAGAAGGAGGAAACGCCUGAGUCUACAGUUUGUUUUAGUGCAGUACUCAAAUCUAUGAAAAGAGAGUUUAUGGUCGUCUUGGGUCGUACCGGCCUCGAAGCAACUCUGACAAAACGCACAAAACUCAAAAAUUCACUCUCAUGGUGUUUUAAGACCAUUGAGAAGAAGAAGUUUCUUAAGAGUAAAGCUGCAAACAAAAAGUCACGAGGGGAAUUUACUUGCGGUAAGCAAGGCGAACCACACGAAAGUAUGCCAUUUCCUGUGUUAGUGGGAUUUUGAAAGAUGUAACUCUGUAAAAUCAUAGCUUAGGUUAAAGCAGUGAUAAGUGAGUUACCUGAGACAAACGUUUUAUUUUUAAGAACUCUAAAUAAAUCCAAACACACGAAAUAAUGCCAUUUCGUGUGUUCGUGGGAUUUCUAAUAAUGUAUCUCAGGAGAAAUUCAUAGAAAUUUGUGGCUUGGGUUAAACCAGAGAUAAUAUCAAAUAACCGGGUCAUCAAACUUGAGUAACCUGAGACAAACAUGCAUUUUGCUUUUGCUCAGUAGGGCAGCAUUUUUGUAAACUCUAAAUACAUCCGAACACACGAAACUAUGCCUUUUCCAGUCCCUCCAGGAAGUUGCGAUUUCGCCGCAACUUUCCCGCAAAUUUGACCAAUUACAUGAAUCUCAGCCCCUGUACGUCAUCGGUUUCAUCAUCGAUUUCGCUUCCUUGUAACAUAACAUAAACAUAAGUCCUCACUUGAUCGGAGAAAAAACACGCACGGAGAACGGGUGAAAAAGAAAAGCAGUGUGACUGCCCCCUGGUGGCUGGCUGCAGUAUAGGUAAAAAAAUCCGUCUCCUCCAUUCAUUUGAAUGGGGGAGCAGUCAAACUGUAAAAAUAAAUACACGCCGUACGAAUGUUUCUCCCAUCCGUAUGCUGUGGUGAUAUGUAGUUAGUAUUUGACUGUUUUGUGUCCAAGGUCUCUUUUUCCUGAAAAGUUUCUUCUUCGUUAGUUAUUAGAGGUUAAAAAACGGGGUUUUACUUCCUGUUUGAUUGACAGCCGCCGUAGAACGAAACUUCAAAGAACACACAGCGUCUUGUGACGUCACGCUGUAGGGCGGAGCUUGUUACCGUGGCUUCACAGGCUCUGGCUGCACAAUGGCGGCGCCCAGGAGAGGGAUUUUUUGGCUUCAGAACCGUACAACGGGAAGAGGCGGAGCAACGCUGUCCAUUUUUAUUUACAGUCUAUGGCGUUCGUGACAGACACAGCCGGGGGACGUCUGUUUAAUAUUUCAUGUUUGACGUUGUUGCCGUGGUUACCGUAAAAAGCUCGGCGUCUACAGCUUGAUUUAAUCCAGUUUGGUGAAACAUCAGACACAUUUAGUAAGUUUGGAUCAACUCCUCGUCAUCAAAGAUGAAGAUGCAUUUCAGAGUGCCGUGAACUGACUGACUGCCUGUGCCUCUGUCGCUGCGAGGUGCAUUUAGGGACCGUCGUAAAAGUGCAAUACAGUCCUUUCAUGGCAUUUUACUGUGAGUCAAGAGAAUCAAAAUACAGUCAGUGGUCACAUCAAGAAUUUUUUCUAAAAAAAACCUGUAAUUUAGUGUUUUUACUCGCCCCUGAGAUGUGAUUGGGGGAAAAAAAGCACACAAAAAGCUGUCGCAAAAUCAGGCUUUUUUGGGCCGCAAUCCUGGAGGGACUGCAUUUCGUGUGUUCGUGGGAUUUUGACAACUGUAACUCAGGAGAAAUUCAUAGAAAUUGGUAGCUUGGGUUAAAGCAGUGAUAAGUGAGUUACCUGAGACCAACAUUCAUUUAGCUUAGCUCAGGUUUUAUGAACUCUAAAUACAUCCGAACACACGAAAUAAUGCCAUUUCGUGUGUUCGUGGGAUUUCAAAAAAAGUAACUCCCAACAAAUUUGUGGGUUGGGUUAAACCAGCGAUAAUAAACAAAUAACCUUGUCGUUAAACUUUCAUGAGUAACCUGAGUCAUUCUCUAAAUCAGUGGUUCUCAACUGGUCUGGCUUCGGGACCCACCAUCACCCCUUAGUGAUAAGCCGCGACCCAAAUCAAGGAACAUUUUUCAAUUUAUCAAAUUGAUUCAAUAUAAAGAUGGUGCGGUUUGAACCUGAGAUACAGAAUAUCAGAUUAUGCCAACACACAAAAUAAACAAGUGUACUGGUAAACCCAAAACGACCAGCAGGUGGCGAUGCUAGAAGAAGAAAUAUGCCCUUUCACAUUCUUUUAGCUGCAUUUUAAUGUAAAUUAAAAAGUGCAUAUUAGGGACACAAGGUUCCAAGAAUAUCAUGCACAUACAUGAAACAACCAACUAGUGAGAACUAGUUUCAAAGAGAUUCAAAAAUAUGUAUUUUUGGCAUAACAACAUGUUAGAAUAAAAAUGAUGCAUUUUUUCCAAAUGACGGUUUAAUUUUGACGGCAUCAUACUAGGAAAAAAAACUUACUUUGAUUGUCUUCCUCUAUCCUGUAAAAUGCACGGUUUCACUUAGCAUUACAGGGCAAUAUCGCCACCUACUGUCCUGGAGUGUGAAUAGAUAGCACAGGAAUUUUUAUUUUUUAUUUACUUUUUUUUUUCCCACCCGAAGUCCUGCGACCCACUCAAAAUGAGUCCACGACCCACUUUUGGGUCGCAACCCACCAGUUGAGAAACACUGCUCUAAAUACAUCCCACCCUCGUCUCACGCUCAUGCUGUUAACUCGAGCCACUCUUGAACUACGAGUGAACGUAGCUAGCAUGAUUUGUUGGAUUCAGGUUUCUAAUUUUAACUGCGUAUAGAGAUGGACGACACAUCUUCACCUUCUCCAGAUGCACAAAAGUGAAACCAAAACACUCACGAUUGUGGAAAGUUCCUGACUCCCGUGUUAGUGUUCCCUCUCAACGUUCCUCAUCUACUGAUUGGUCGACAGAGCUGUCAAUCAUGAUGUCAUCUUGUCUUUUUUAGCAUUUAGUAACCAGUUGCAACAAAACUUUACAGAAAAACGAAGCCUUGGAUUUAAAUUAGUAUGACAUGAGCUAACUAUAAUGACUGAAAAUACUCAAUUUUAUAGUUUGAAACGUGUUCCAUGUGUUAGCACAAAGGAGGCAGGCUUUAAGAGCUACUCAGCAACCAACCAGCAGGGGGAGCUCUAAAUCUAAAUGUGUUGCCCUCGCUUUAUGAGUUCGUACAUGUCGUCUAUCUUUUCAAACCGUUUCCUCACGGCCGGUACGAACAGACCGAACAUGAAAACUGAGUACUGCGUUAACACAAACAUGUAGAAAUCAAGUGUUGAUUCAGAGUUGGUGUCUGAUCAGCAUCGCUCUCUGUCGCUGCGUUCUGAUUCCCCCUCAUGUGUGUUUGACUCAUUCAGUGUUAUCACUCUCGAGCAUAUCACCGUAUUCCCUGAGAAAACCUCCGACUCUGUGAUUCUGAGUAAAUAUUUUCACUUGUUUACUUUGUUUUGUUAUAAUAAGUUAAUUUCUAUGGUAUCUGAGGACUGAAUGUAAAAAGGUAAUCAUAACUUUGUGCUACUUUUACUGAUGGAGAGAAAUGUUAUGGAGAGCUGUGUAUUAAUAUAUGACUGCUUAGAUAGAACAUCAUUUUUUAGUUUUUAGGUAAUGGGUCUCAGUUUUCAGGUACAAGAACACUGUUGUUAUAAAUACGGAUUAUUAAAAAAACAGUUGAAUCAAUUCCUCCGUCUGUCUCGGUUACAUUUGUGGAGAACUUUUAGAUAUGUUUGUUUUUUUCCAGGAAUGCUGCCAGUUUUGGGUGCAUUGAGUCUCCAUUGCAUUUAACACUUUCAAUAAUAAAGUUUCAUAGGAAAUAAAAUCAAACCUGUUUAAAAAAGUG